UUUUUUUUGUUCUUUCGACAGAUCAUUAAAGACUUGACGCGAUUACAAUUGAAUCAAUCAUGGACGAUUCACUUUAUGACGAAUUUGGUAACUACCUCGGCCCUGAUCUUGAAGAUGAAGAUUUAGAGAUGGAGGAGGAAGAGGACAACACCUUUGAAGAGGAAGAGGAAGAGGAAGAACACGUCCAGCAACAAGACGAACAAGCUUUAAUGCAAAUUGACGAUAUUCCUGCUAAUCAAAUUGUCUUGCACGAAGAAAAGAAGUAUUAUCCUUCCGCCGAAGAAGUAUAUGGCGAAGAAGUUGAAACUAUGGUCCAAGAGGAAGAUACACAACCUUUAAGCGAACCUAUCGUUGCUCCCAUCCAAGUUAGAAAAUUCAAUGUGACUGAAAAAGAUUUACCAGAGACUCAUUAUAGCAAAGAGUAUAUGGUAGAUUUAAUGAACCACCCAGACCUUAUAAGAAAUAUUGCAGUAGUGGGUCAUCUUCAUCACGGAAAAACAUCCUUUGUAGAUAUGCUUAUUUCUGAAACUCACGAUAUUCCUAUCAAUGUCGAUCAGCCUGAACGUUAUACAGAUACUCAUAUUUUAGAAAGAGAGCGCGGUGUUUCUAUUAAGAGUAUGCCAGUAACUCUUGUUAUGCAGGACAUCAAAGAGAAAUCAUAUUUGCUCAAUAUUUUAGAUACACCCGGCCACACAAAUUUUAUUGACGAGGUUGUUGCUGCAACCCGUUUAGCAGAUGGUGUUGUUAUUGUUGUCGAUGUUGUUGAAGGUGUUAUGGUUAAUACAGAACAAGUGAUUAAGCAUUGUGUACGCGAAGGCCUCACCAUGACGUUAGUUGUAAAUAAAGUAGAUCGGUUAAUUCUGGAAUUAAAGUUACCACCCGCCGAUGCUUAUUACAAAUUGCGUCACACUAUUGAAGAAGUCAACACGGUGAUUCGUUCUGUGCCUGGAGGAGAAAAUAUCCGUCUUUCACCUGAAUUAGGCAACGUCUGUUUUGCGUCCAGUCAAACAGGUUGGAUCUUUUCGCUGAAAUCCUUUUCCAAACUUUAUGCAGAUUCAUAUGAAGCCGAUUUUGAUGAACAAGAUUUUGCUAAACGUCUUUGGGGCGAUGUAUACUUUAACCCCGAAAAGGGAUCCUUCCACCGUAAAUCACAAGGCGGUGUAAGUAAACGUACAUUUGUUCAUUUCAUAUUGGAACCUCUUUACAAGAUUUAUGCUCAAGUUAUUGGAGAAGAAACUGAAGAUUUAAAAAAAACAUUACGCUCUUUGGGAAUAUAUUUAAAGAAUAAGGAUUACGGUUUAAAUGUGAAGCCUUUACUUCAUAUGGUAUUGACUCAAUUCUUUGGUCUUGCUGGCUCGUUUGUUGACAUGGUUGCAAAACACAUCCCCUCUCCUGUCGAAAAUGCAGCCCAUAAAAUUGAACGCUUUUAUACCGGUCCUCUCUCUUCAAACGUUGUGCAAUCCAUGAUCAAAUGUGAUGCAGACGGUCCUUUAAUGAUUCAGAUCACCAAACUUUAUAAUAACGAACAAAGCACAGAAUUUCAAGCAUUUGGCAGAGUGUUUAGUGGCAGUAUCAAGGUUGGACAAGUUGUACGUGUCCUGGGCGAAGGAUAUUCUGUUGAUGAUGAGGAAGAUAUGACGAUGCAGAAAGUCGAACAUACUUGGAUUUACGAGUCUAGAUAUCGUGUUGAAGUAGAAGGUGUCCCAGCUGGUGGUUGGGUAUUAUUAGGUGGUGUAGAAGGUUCCAUCAUGAAGACAGCUACUAUCGUUGAUCAAAAACCAAGAGAAGAUGCAUAUAUUUUUAAACCACUUCGUUUCCCCACAGCUGCCACUUUGAAGGUAGCUAUUGAACCAGUCAAUCCUUCUGAAUUACCAAAGAUGUUGGAUGGUCUUCGUAAGAUCAAUAAGAGCUAUCCUAUUGUUACUACAAAGGUGGAAGAAUCAGGUGAACACAUUGUUUUAGGUACUGGUGAAUUAUACUUGGAUUGUGUGUUACAUGAUCUUCGUCGCAUGUAUGCAGAGAUUGAACUCAAAGUGUCUGACCCUGUUGUGCGAUUCUGUGAGACAGUUGUAGAAACAUCUGCAUUAAAAUGCUUUGCCGAGACACCAAAUAAAAAGAAUAAGUUGACAUUUAUUGCCGAACCCCUUGAGAAAGCACUUGCAGAUGAAAUCGAAAAUGGAGAUAUCAGUAUUCGUUGGCCCAAGAGCAAACUUGGUCAACGUUUAGAAAGUAAACAUGGCUGGGAUGUACUUGCUUCAAGAUCCGUAUGGGCAUUCGGGCCAGAUGAUAUGGGACCAAAUCUCUUAAUGGAUGAUACUUUACCUUCUGAAGUAGAUAAAAAAUUAUUAUUCUCUGUCAAGGACUCAAUCCGUCAAGGUUUCCAAUGGGGAACUAGAGAAGGCCCUCUCUGUGAUGAACCUAUUCGUAAUGUUAAAUUUAAAAUUUUAGAUGCUGUAUUAGCAAAUGAGCCAAUUUAUAGAGGUGGCGGACAAAUCAUUCCCACUGCACGUCGUGUUUGCUAUUCUUCUUUCUUGACUGCUACUCCUCGUUUAAUGGAACCUGUAUACUAUGUUGAGAUUCAAGCACCGGCAGAUUGUGUUUCUGCAGUUUAUGCAGUUUUGCAGCGACGAAGAGGUCACGUUACUCAAGAUAUUCCCAAACCUGGAUCACCAUUGUAUACCGUAAAAGCGUAUAUUCCUGUGAUUGAUUCUUGUGGUUUUGAAACUGAUCUUCGUACACAUACAGAAGGACAAGCAUUCUGUCAACAGAUCUUUGAUCACUGGCAGAUUGUCCCUGGAGAUCCGUUAGAUACUAGUAUCGUACUCCGUCCUUUAGAAGCAAGUCCUGCUCAACAUUUGGCGAGAGACUUCAUGGUAAAGACAAGAAGAAGAAAGGGUCUUUCUGAAGAUGUCAGUAUAAAUAAGUACUUUGAUGAUCCUAUGUUGUUGGCACUGGCUCAAACCGACGUUUUGGGUGGUGUUUAUGAAUAGUUUUCUAUUUGAUCCUUUUUUUUUUUAAUAAUAAAUAAUAAAAAAAAAAUAAACAUGUAAUAAAUUUUAUGUAAU